AUGGCAUCGGUUAGGCAGAGCUGGGGCCCGGGAGCGAAUCCGGAGAGUAGCGUGCCGCGUGGCGAGGCGCAGACGGCGAGGCGAGGCGCCAGCGAGCGAGGCGAGGCGCAGCGAGCAGAGCGAGGCGGGCGGAGCGCGGGGCGGCGCGUCCUCAAGUUCUGGUUCGACCUGGGCGUGGACGGGUUCCGCGUGGACGCCGUGCCGCAGAUGGCGGAGGACGCGUGCUUCCGCGACGAGGAGCCCGCGGGCAACGACCUGCCGCCCUACGACUACGAGUACCUCACCCACAAAGUGCUGAUGCUGGAGACGUACGGCCCCAUCGACGAAGUGGUGGACUACUACGGCACCACAGAGCACCCUGGCGGCCAUUUCCCAUUCAACUUCUACUUCAUCACGGAGCUGAAGAACACCUCAUCGGCGCAGGACCUCGACCGCAUCGUGCACAAGUGGAUGGACAACAUCAAGGCCAUCGACUGGCCCAACUGGGUGCUGGGUAACCACGACCAGCGCCGCGUGGCGACUCGCUUCGGGCCUCAGCUGGCGGACGCCAUGAACAUGCUGUCGCUGCUGCUGCCAGGCACCGCCAUCACCUUCAUGGGCGAGGAACUAGCCAUGGAGGACCACCUGGGCAUCACUUGGGAAGAAACGCAGGACCCCUGGGCGAUCAACGCUGGGCCCGACGAGUACAUGGUGUACUCGCGCGACCCCGAGCGCACGCCCUUCCAGUGGGACAACACCGUCAGCGCAGGGUUCUCGACCAACCCAAAGACGUGGCUGCCCGUGAAUCCCAACUACGAAUGGCUGAACGCGGAGAACCAGCUGCACUUGCGGCUCACGCACGUGCUGGUGUACAAGGACCUGGUGCGACUGCGGCAGUUGGAUGCAUUCAGGCGCGGUUCGCUCACCACCGCCGUCGUCGGAGACGUCUUCGCCUUCUCCAGAGUAUAUGGUGAUGAGGCCUACGUAGUAGCAAUCAACUUGGGUGGCACGAAGGAAACUGUGGAUCUGUCUGUUUUGUCACCGUUGCCGAACCUUGCUGUUUCCGUAUCCAGCAUCAACUCGUUCGUACAAUAUGCCACGUUUCCAGCUGAUGCGGUGGUCCUGCAACCUUACGCUGCAUUAGCACUUCGAAGUUAUGACACAUCAAGCUGAUUCACUUCAUUACUGCUAAGUUUUGUAAAUAAUAUCCAACAAAAUAAUUAUUAGUUUCCAUAUUUUAUAUAAUUGUACAAAUGAUUCCAAACAAUGUACAGGAUAUAGGAGUGAAUACAAAAUGUCAGACGAUAUGACAAUAUAUUUCUUCUCAAUGUUUCCUUUUCAUACAUCGUCAAUCGUAUUUAAGUAUUAAGGACGUCUGGACUUACUCUCGGAGAAAACUCAUACACAUUACAAUUAUUGUGCUACUCCUUAUACUUAUAUAUGCACAUUUUCCCCAUUCAUUACAUACAUUUUAACUGGAUUUUUUGACAAUAAAACCUAUUAAAUUGAUGAUAGUAAAAUAUUAUUGAAAAAAUUGUAUGUUUUACUGUGAAAAAUAGU